AUGAAUGAAACUCUUUUUUUAAGCAUAAUUAUUUUAUUAUUAAUCAUUUAUAGCGUAAAGAAUCCUACUUUAAAAAUAUCCCUCCUAGUGUUGUUAUUUAUAAGUUAUUGAGCGAGUAUUGACUUUUUUCUUCCCUGGCAGAAUGGGUUCUUAACUAUUAAUAAUUGAGUUGCAACCACUAAAAUGGUGAUUCUUGUAGGUAGCUUAUCUAUUUUAUUGAUGGCCCCUCCUACCAUGAGGGAGGGAGCUAUUCCGGUUCUAAUUUUAAUGGUGGCCCUGGGAAGCAUUCUUUUGGUUUCUGCGAGUAACUGGUUAUCAGUUUAUUUGGCUAUUGAAUUACCAACUCUUUCUCUUUUUAUAUUAGUAGCUCAAAAAAGGGGUUCUGGGUACAGUGUUGAAGCUGGACUAAAAUAUUUUGUGUUAGGUGCGCUCUCCUCAGGUCUAUUUUUGUUUGGGUGUGCUUUUUUAUGCGGAUUAACGGGAGGAACUAGUAUUCCCUGUGUAGAUCUCGUGCUCAAUCAAGAAGGUGGUCAAAUUUUCCCAACUUCUGGCGUGAUAACUCCUAUAGGAGGUCUGUUAAUUACAGGGGCGUUGUUGUUUAAGCUAUCUGCGGCCCCUUUCCAUAUGUGGGCGCCGGAUGUAUAUGAUGGUGCUCCGACUACUACUACCGCUUUAUUAGCGAUCGUGCCUAAAGUUGGGAUAUUUUCUAUUUUAGUUUCGAUUGGGCCGGUGGCUAAUGUGCUGUUGAUUGGGGUAAUAUUUUCAAUGGUGGUGGGCGCCCUCGGUGCUUUGAAUCAAACCAAAAUUAAACGACUAUUGGCUUACAGUGGAAUUGCGCAUAUGGGUUUCGUUCUCUGGGGAAUAGAGAUUGGGACUUUUGAAAGUGUGCAGGCUAGUUUAAUAUAUAUGAUUUUAUAUGUCAUUAUGUCUAUUUGUGCCUUUACUAUCGUAUUGGCUUUAGGAGGUCUAAAAAAUCUAAUUGUGGAAUUCAGUGGUCUUUCGAGAAGAGAGCCGACUUUAGCCAUAACAUUGGCUUUAACUUUUCUUUCCAUUGCUGGAAUUCCUCCUCUAAUUGGAUUUUUUAGUAAAUGAUGAAUUCUAUUGUCUGGGAUUACCUAUCAGUAUUACUUAGUUUCAAUUUUAGCCGUAGUUUGCUCUGUGGUGGCUGGUGUUUAUUAUGUUAGAAUAGUUAAAAUUAUUUAUUUUCAAGCCGAUUCCUUUUUCUUAGUGGGCCUUAAAACCCUUAGAGAAAAAAAAAGGCUAAACUUUAGGAGGUCUCUGUUGAUUGGGGCCAGUUUGUAUCCCAUGGGAUUUAUGAUAAUUUCCCCGAAUUUAUUGUUACAAUUGGCCCACUGGGCUACGGUGGGGCUAUUCUAG